AUGGCUGAUGUUUUAGUUACAAUUAUUUCUCUCUUUCUAUCUGUCGCUUCUUUCUUUCUUUCUUUCUUUCUUUCUUCGUGUCUUUCUUAUAAAGAAAUGCUUGAUAUUACCAUUCUAUCAUUCUCUCUCUUUCUCGCUCAGUUUUUCAAUCUUUCUUUUUCUUAUACGGAAACGAUUAAUAUUAUCAUUAUCAUUACCAUUUUUUCUAUCUCAAUCUCUUUCGCUUUCUUUUUUUUCUUUCUUUCUUACAAAGAAACGGCUGAUAUUACAACUACCAUUCAUUCUUUCUUUCCCACUUUCUUUCCAUUACCAUGCCUUCUUUCUUUCUUUCAUUUAAAGAAACAGCUAAUAUUACUAUUACCAUUAUUUCUUUCUUUUAAGCGAACGACUAAGAUUAACAUUACCAUGUAUUCUUUCUUUCUUUCUUUCUUUCUUUCUUUCUUUCUUUCUUUCUUUCUUUCAUUUAAGGAAACUGCUAAUAUUACAAUUACCAUUCUUUCUUUCUUUCUUUCUGAUUUUAUUCUAAACCAUACUACUCUUUCUUAA